AAUUGAAAAAUAGUAGCAAGUGGGUGUGUCAUAUAGUUGAACUUAAGUAAGUAACCAUGCCUGUGGACACUCCACUACUAGAUAACAGUGGCAACUCUUCUAAUGUUGAGGACGUGAAGCCAUUGAGCUUAGUUAAGAAAUUCGGGUUCGAGUCUAAGAUGCUAUGGAGAAUAGCAGGUCCAGCAAUCUUCACUUCAUUAUGUCAGUACUCGCUUGGUGCACUCACUCUCACAUUUUCUGGCCGGAUUGAUGAGCUUGAUCUCGCGGCAGUUUCAGUUGAAAACUCUGUCAUUGCUGGCCUUUCCUUUGGAGUCAUGUUGGGUAUGGGAAGUGCAUUGGAGACGCUGUGUGGGCAAGCAUACGGUGCGGGUCAGAUCAGGAUGUUGGGAGUGUACAUGCAAAGAUCAUGGAUCAUAUUGUUGACUACUGCCCUCAUUUUGUUACCCAUUUAUAUUUGGUCACCUCCCAUCUUGAAGCUCAUUGGAGAGACUACUGAGAUAUCGGAUGCUGCUGGAAAAUUUGCUCUGUGGAUGAUACCGCAGUUGUUUGCAUAUGCUUUGAACUUUCCAAUCCAAAAGUUCUUACAGGCACAGAGGAAAGUUCUCGUGAUGUUAUGGAUAUCAGGUGUUGUUUUGGUGCUACACACAUUUUUUAGCUGGCUUCUAAUAUUGAAGCUGGGAUGGGGCUUAACUGGAGCAGCAAUUACUCUUAACACAUCAUGGUGGCUGAUUGUCAUUGCUCAAUUGUUGUACAUUUUCAUCACCAAAUCAGAUGGUGCUUGGAGUGGAUUCACAUGGCUAGCAUUUUCAGACUUGUUUGGUUUUGUGAAGCUUUCUUUGGCUUCAGCUGUUAUGUUAUGCUUGGAGUUUUGGUACUUGAUGAUACUUGUAGUGAUAACUGGGCGUUUGAAAAACCCUCUUAUACCUGUGGAUGCCAUAUCUAUCUGUAUGAACAUAAAUGGCUGGGAUGCCAUGAUUGCUAUAGGGUUCAAUGCUGGAAUAAGUGUGAGAGUAUCAAAUGAACUUGGGGCUGGUAAUUUUGGAGCUGCAAGGUUUGCAGUGUGGGUGGUUUCCAUCACAUCAGUAUCCGUAGGUGUUGUUGUCAUGAUCGUAGUGCUAGCAACGAGGGAUUACUUUCCUUACUUGUUUACCUCAAGCGUUGCAGUUGCCAAGGAAACCACUAAGCUUGCUGCAUUGCUUGGUGCCACAGUACUUCUAAACAGCCUUCAACCGGUCCUAUCUGGUGUUGCUGUUGGAGCUGGGUGGCAAUCUCUUGUAGCAUACAUCAACAUUGGGUGCUACUAUGUUGUUGGAUUACCAGCAGGGAUAGUCUUGGGAUUCACAUUUGGUUUUGGAGCAGAGGGUAUUUGGGCGGGGAUGAUUGGAGGCAUAGUUUUGCAGACCAUAAUCCUUAUAGUCGUCACUGCAAUAACCAAUUGGAAAAGAGAGGCUGAUCAAGCAGAGAGCCGAGUGAGGAAGUGGGGAGGAGCAAUUGCGCAUGAUCAAUGAUUUUUAGUAGAUUGAAUGAAAAUGGGGAGGCUGUGAAUGCAUCGCACAACGCUCGCUUAUCUAAGAUUUUGUCAUUCUGAACAAUUAGAUUGAGACUGCAUUCAAUUGUGCUAUUAAUUGAGAACUCGAAAUUCUGUCUUAGUGACGCCUCCACAGUUCCACUUAAGAAUGGAAAUAGUUAGUUUUUUUUUUUGUACUAAUUGU